AUGGCAAGGUCUAAUGUAAUACUUAUAAAUAAAUAUAGAAAUGGAAAUAAUUUGUACCACAAUAGUAAUAAGAAUAAUAACCAAAUGAUGAUGUAAAACCAGCAGCUAAUAAGAAAUUAAUGAAAUUUGCUGAUACAUAAGCAUUUUAGGUGUCAACACAUGAUAAUAAUUAUAAAGAUGCAAUUGAUAUAGAAAUAAGUGAAGAUCUUAUUGCAAUAUGGCCUGUAUAUUUGGAAAUUAGUGUGAAAGAUUAAGCUAUAAAAUUCAUUAUUUAAGUAACUUAAGCAAAUGUAGUAAAAACUUAAAAUUAGAGGAUUAGUGUAUUAAAAACAAUUACUGAUUUAUAUAAAGUAGAUUAUGAUGUAAAUAUGCGAUUUUAAGCAUAUUUUAGAAUUGUAAAUGAAUAAGAAAAGACUUAUUAAUUAUCAUUUGUUGAAAUAUUAGUUAAAGAUAAUUUUCUUUCUAGAAGAGAUAUGGUAUAAAUCAAUUAAAAAUUACUUAAAACUACUUGUUAUACAAAAAAGAAUGUUAUUAUCUAAUAUGCAGGAGAUUUUCUUAAGGCUUCAAUCUAAAUAUCUUAAUUAAUGAUGAGAGACAUAAAUAAUUAAGAAUAUGCAUAUACAGGAAUAAUAACAGAAGAAACAAAUAUAGUUUAUAGAAGUUUAGAAUCUAAGAUGGCAAUCUUAAUUGAAUUAUCUUAAGAAACAUUUAAAGAUGAUGCAAUUGGAGAAAUAGCAUUAGAAAGCAUGUAAAAAUUCUUGAAAGUAUAUUAUUUACGUAAUUAAUCAUUAAUGACUAAUCAUAAAUUGGAAAUCAUUAUUUAUGCUAGAAUAUAUUUUCCUUAAAUUAAAACAGUAGAUGAUUUGUAUAAUUAAUUGAUUAAUAAUAUAAAUUAAGAAUAAACAUAUCCACCUCAUGCAUAAUUGGAUCAAUUUGGAAAUGUUUGUAUAGACAUAUAUAAAAAAGUUCCAGAAAGAAAGGCUUUAAGAUAAUUUGAUUAAUUAGCUUAAACUGUAAUUUAAACUAUAUAAGAAUUGACUGCUUGGAUUAAUGUAAAAACAAUUAAUAAUUAUCAUUCUCUUUUUGUAAAGGAUUAUCUAAAGAAGAAACCUGAUUUCAAAUAAGUAUAAUCAAUCAAAGGAGAAUUGAGUAGUUCCAAGUAUUCCAAUCUAUUAGAAGCUAUAACUUUAGUCACUUAAAAUUUUAGAUUAGAUCAUACAACUAGAUCUUUAAAGAAUUCUGGUCAUUUUUUAUUAAUUUUAUCUCCUGGUAAUGGAUAUUACUUUGGAGAUUUAAAAACAUAUAAAAUUUCAAAGAAGAAUGCACUUAAUAAUAACAUAGUAUGUAUGUUGAAUUGUUUUGGACGUAUUCCUAAUAUUACAGGUCCAAUUUUCUAUUUAAGAGAACAUAAUCUACCAAUAGAAUGUAAUCCAAUACCUCCAUUAACAUAUAUAUAAUAAUAAUAUUUUUAGAAUACAAGUACUCAUCUUAAUUAAGAGAAAUGUUAAUAUUAAUAUUAAGAUAGAAAUAAAAUAGUAUAAGAUAAUGAAGAUAUUUAAGUAUAAUCAUGUUUAAGACAUGCAUAUUGGAUUUAAAUAAUUAAAUAUAAUGAUGAAUUUCUUAGAUCAUUUUUUAUGUUAUAUGAUAGAUAAAAUUAAAAUGAUUUACUACCAUUUUGUUUUAAAAAAUAGAAAUAUAUAUCAUUUUCAUAAGUUGAUUUUACAUUAUUGAGUUAUCAAGAAUCAAAAUAAAAACUAAAUUAAUUGGAAGAUCUUUAAAAAUUUGAUGAAAUUAUCAAAAAUUGUAUUAAAGAUCCAAAAUAAGCAGAUCAUUAAUUAAAAUAAUAAUAGAUGGGUUCUAUGUUAAUAGAAGAAACACCUAAUCCUUAUAAUCCAACAGUAGAUUCUGGUUAAUAAGUAAAUAUAUUUGCAACACUUUAUUAUGAAAAGAAACCAGAAUAAUAAGAAUAACCAUAAACAGAGAAAAAGAUAGUUAAGAACAAUUAAAAGAAGAAAAUUAAAUCACAUAAUAGAAUAAAGUGGAAAUUAUAUUAAUGGGCAUGGAAAUCUCAUUAAUUUAUAUUUUAAAUGAAGGAUAUUUAUCAUAAAUUAUUUAAAAACUAUUUAUUGAAUCACAUAAAGGAAGCUGAAUAGAAUUUAUUCUAAAUGGAAUAAAAUUGGAAAAAUAUUUGUUAUGUUCCACUAUGUCCUUUGAAAUCAGUAAUGGUUUAUGAAGAAUAAAAGAUAUAUAAAACAAGUGGUGAAAGACAAGUAGUAGAUGGUAUUGGAAUAAAAGAAUUUGAGGAUUAAGUUAUGGGAAUUUUGUUAUCUGAGAAUUAUUAAUAUGUUUAACCUGGAGAAUAAACAGAAGAUGAAUAUGGAAGUAAAUUAUAAUGUUAUAAGAAUCAAUAAAAGAGUUACCCUAUGAAAUUCAUAAAGGGUGGACAUAUCAUUACAUUAUAUUAUGAAUUAUAGAAUUACACAAUUGAGGAAUAUAAUAAGAAUAAUUUAAAGGCAAAUACAAAGAAACAUCGCUAUAUUCCUAUUUAAAAUGAUUCUGCAAUAAUACCUUAAUUAUAUAGAUAUAAUCUACAUGGAAAUAAUUCUAUUACAUGUAGAGAGAUCUUAUUUUCUGAAGGAAUAGAUACUCAUAUUAAAGGAUUGAUUCGUAUAUUCAGUGAUUUAGAACAAACAUCUAAAUAUACUGAAGAUUCUAUAAAAACAAUGAGACCUAAAAAAAUAGGUCUUGCAUUUAUUCCAAAUGAAUCUUUAUAGUUAGAUAAGAAAUAGAGAUAAUUAUAAUAUGAAAAAUGGAGAGAUAAUUUUAAUAAAUUCAUGGAGAAAUUGAAAUAAUAAUUAAGAUGUUUUAAUUCUGAUACCAUUAGAAUCUAACAUGUUUCAAGAUAUAAAGAAAUGUAGAAAGAUCUAUUUUAACAACUCAAUUUAAAAUAUAGUACAAGUCUACCAGAAUAUAAAUCAUAAUUACAUAAUGAGAAAUAUGAAUAAUUAUGUAUUACUUCUUAAGCUAAUUAUUGUCCUAAAUGUAUAUACAAUAUCAAUUUAUUAUGGAUCUCAAGCACAGCUUUACCUAUAAUUAAAGUAAUUGAAAUUAUGGAAAUUUGUUCAAAUGGAUUCAAAUAAGUAUAAAUACCUGGAAACAUUGAUAGUAUUUUCUAAUAACAUCUUCCUUUUGAGAGUAUUUACAAAUUCAAAAUAUCAAAUCAAGAUAAAUUGAAAUCUAUAAAAAGAUAAGUUAGAUAUCCUCCAUAUGAUUGUUUUUAUGAUAGAUAUGAUACUCAUCAAAUAUUAGUACAUUGUAAAGGUUUAUUUUUUUUGAAGUUUGAUUUUAAAGUAAUAUAAUUUAAUAAUUAUAAUAUAGAAUCUAGAAAUUUUGUUUAAGGAGAAUUUAUUAUAUAGUGAAGAAGCUACAAAUUAAAGAGUUAUCCAAUAAAUAUUCAUUAAAUUAAAAUAAUUAAUUAAUGAUGAGAAUGAUAAAUUAAAAUUGUGA